AGGAGGCUCGAGGCGAGCUGGCUCGCGGUUUGCUCCGGCCACUUUGCCGUGUCGCGGCCGCCAGUGGCGAGAUGGAGGGGCCGGGGCUGGGUUCGCAGUGCAGGAAUCACAGCCAUGGCCCCCACCGUCCAGGAUUUGGUCGACAUGGAAUCUGCGCAUCUGAAAGCAAAGAACUUGCUAAAGCGAGAGAAGCUCUUCCUCUUAUAGAGGACUCUAGUAACUGUGACAUUGUAAAAGCUACCCAAUACGGGAUUUUUGAACGUUGUAAAGAAUUGGUAGAAGCAGGAUAUGACGUCAGGCAACCAGACAAAGAAAAUGUGUCACUUCUUCAUUGGGCUGCUAUUAACAACAGGCUGGAUCUUGUAAGGUUUUAUAUUUCAAAAGGUGCUGUAGUAGAUCAGUUGGGUGGAGAUUUAAAUUCGACUCCUCUUCACUGGGCCAUCAGACAAGGGCAUUUGCCUAUGGUCAUAUUACUACUACAGUAUGGAGCAGACCCCACUCUCAUUGAUGGGGAGGGCUUCAGCAGCAUCCACCUGGCAGUAUUAUUUCAACACAUGCCCAUUAUAGCGUAUCUCAUCUCCAAAGGACAGAGUGUGAAUAUGACAGAUUUAAAUGGGCAGACACCUCUGAUGUUAUCAGCUCACAAAGUACUUGGACCAGAACCAACUGGAUUUCUUUUAAAGUUUAAUCCUUCUCUCACUGUGGUUGAUAAAAUACACCAGAACUCUCCCCUCCACUGGGCAGUUGCAGCAGGAAAUGUUAAUGCGGUCGAUAAACUUUUGGAAGCUGGUUCUAGCCUGGAUAUCCGAAAUGUUAAGGGUGAAACACCUCUUGACAUGGCUUUACAGAAUAAAAAUCGCCUCAUUAUUCACAUGCUAAAAACAGAGGCAAAAAUGAGAGCCAACAAGAAGUUCAGACUUUGGAGGUGGCUGCAGAAAUGUGAGCUCUUCCUGCUGCUGGUGCUUUCUGUGAUUACCAUGUGGGCUGUUGGAUACAUACUGGACUUCAAUUCAGAUUCUUGGCUUUUAAAAGGAUGUCUUCUAUUAACAUUGUUUUUUCUGACAUCUUUGCUUCCAAGGUUCUUGGUCGGGUAUAAGAGCUUCAUAUACUUACCAACGGUCUUCCUGCUAAGUUCCAUUUUUUGGAUAUUUGUGACUUGGUUCAUCUUAUUCUUUCCUCAUCGAGCAGGCAGCCCUUUCUAUUUUGCUUUCCUUCUCAGCAUAAUAGGCUUCCUUUACUUUUUCUACAAGACUUGGGCAACUGAUCCAGGCUUCACUAAAGCUUCUGAAGAAGAAAGGAAAACGAAUAUCAUCACCCUUGCAGAGACUGGCUGUCUGGACUUCAGAACAUUUUGUACAUCAUGUCUUAUAAGGAAGCCUUUAAGGUCACUUCAUUGCCACGUGUGUAACUCCUGUGUCGCUCGAUAUGAUCAGCAUUGUCUGUGGACUGGACGGUGCAUAGGUUUUGGCAACCAUCGCUAUUACAUAUUCUUCUUACUUUUUCUUUCCAUCGUUUGUGACUGGAUUAUAUAUGAAUCUUUCAUCUAUUGGUCAAAUCAUUGUGCCACAACAUUCAGAGAAGAUGGACUAUGGACCUACCUCAAUCAGAUUGUGGCCUGUUCCCCUUGGGUUUUAUAUAUCUUCAUGCUAGCAGCUUUCCAUUUCUCAUGGUCAACAUUUUUAUUAUUGAAUCAACUCUUUCAGAUUGCUUUCCUGGGCCUGACCUCCCACGAGAGAACCAGCCUGCUGAAGCAAAGCAGGCAUAUGAAACAGACAUUAUCCCUCAGGAGGACCCCAUACAACCUUGGGUUCACGCAGAACCUCGCAGAUUUCUUUCAGUGUGGCUGCUUUGGCUUGGUGAAGCCCUGUGCCGUGGACUGGACAUCACAAUACACCAUGGUCUUCCACCCAGCGAAGGAGAAGGUCCUUCGCUCCGUUUAAGAAAAGCCACCCCAGACUCUCACUCUGACCUACUUGUGUUUAUGUUGAUGCCCUGUGGUCUGCAAGUGAAGUGCUGAUUCAGAGUUCACCUAAGUCCAAAGGAAAAUGCAGGUGGUUUUUUAAAGCUAUUUGGUAAAAACAGAAGUUCUCAAUAAAGGCAUUACACUUUUGGAUUUAGCAAGAUGGACUGUUCCUGAACAAUCUUGGCAGACAUCUAAAAAAACUUAUAUUUUUCACAAGAAAACACAAGUUACAUUUUUUUGGAGAUAAUAUUCAUUAAUUAUGGAUAAAAUGUGGUAUUUUCAAAUACUUUAUUGGUUGUUUCAAAAUAGUACUAUUCUUUAAACUUGUAAUUUUUGAUAAAUUAUUUGCUUGUUUUAUCUAUAAAUAUGUAAAAAAUAUUUAAAUAGAUGUACCUGUUAUGCUUUCACACUUAAUAAAUUUUUUUUUUGUA